CCGAGGCACCCUUUAAAAUUAUGGACAGUCCCAAGGCACCCUUUAAAAUUAUGGACAGUCCCGAGGCACCCUUUAAAAUUAUGGACAGUCCCAAUGCACCCUCUAAAAUUAUGGACAGUCCUGAGGCACCCUUUAAAAUUAUGGAUAGUCUCGAUGGAUCCUCUAAAAUUAUGGACAGUCCCAAGGCACCCUUUAAAAUUAUGGACAGUCUUAAGGCACCACCUUCUAAAAUUAGGGCUGAGAAUUAGGCAGGCCAUAAAUGGAUUGAAUCUUGUCCAGUUCAACAAGGGAUGGCCGAGAUCUGAUCCACCUAUGGCAAUGUUUCUCAACCUUUUUUCAGUCAAGGCGCCCUUUAAAAUUAUGGACAGUCCCGAGGCACCCUUUAAAAUUAUGGACAGUCUUGAGGCACCCCAUUCUAAAAUG